AUGUCGAAUCCAUUCGUGAAUAUUUUACUGUUUGUAGUUUGUUUAAUGCUUAUACACGGCUCGUCAGCAAGCCGAAUCGAAAAUGAUAAGGGAUGGUUAAAGAGCAAUUUGAAAGAAAUUAGAGAGAAACAGCACCACGAAACAAGCAAAACAAUGCCAAAACUUCGGGGGGUUGAAGGAAGUAGUUUGGUAUUAUAUUCUGAAACAGAGCGCUUGAAACUCGAAAGUGGCAAGCGAAGAUUACAUUCAAACCCCGCUAGUGUUGUACAAAAGGAACGCGACAUUAGCAACGGGAUUGAAUCUCAAGGCACGAAUAGGACACGUUCAAAACUGUCAGAACUAAACUAUCCGGAAAUAAAUAAAACGAGUUUACGGUCGGACAUAUUAAAUGGAAAUUUGUUAUCUCUUCGUAUUAAACUUUCGAAGCCAGGAAAACGAAAGAAAAUGUUGUCUAUUCAUCGUGUUGCAAAACGAAACGUACCAACCACAUUACCACCGCAGUCUUCAGUUAAUAUUCCAACAUGUUCAAGCGAGAAUUCGUGCAAAGGUCGUUGUAGCAGCCGUACAGAAUGGCGAACUGAAGGUAAAAUGCGCUGUUCAUGCGACCCUGAUUGUUAUGAAGUGUUCAAUGACUGUUGUUCGGAUUACACCAAGUACUGCGAUGCUCAGAAACCAACGGAAACACUGACCAAAAAAUAUAGCUACACUUGUGAAGAUAUUGGACAUUAUAAUGCUGAACACUGCAAUACGGUCAGCGACGGACUAUGGGUGGUCGCCCGAUGUCUGUCCGAGUGGCCUUACGACAAUUUCCGAACCAAAUGCGAAACACCAGUGGAUAAACUUACUUACUCCUCCUACUCCUCUUCAGACCUCUAUGGUUAUCUUCCGGUACUCGGUCACGAUAGUACCACAUUCCGUAAUAUGUAUUGCGCAAUAUGUAAUGGAGUAGAGAGAUUCGAUCCUUGGCCUAUUGAAGGUCGAAAACCCUUCAUCUCCCCAACCUCGGUCCCAGGCAUCUCCCUGGAAAAUCAUACCCUCACGGAGAAAAUUCGCCUCAUGUUAUCUCGUGGAGUUGUAUUUAAACUUUGGACUCCCGGAAAGAAUCAAGCUAGACGAUACUGUCUGGACAAAGUCAACGUCAUCGAUUCUUGCCCUCCGAGUGAAUUACAGUUUGAGUCCUGUAUUAAUGGUGAUGUAGCUCUAAUUUCAGUAUUUCCACGACAUUUUAAGAAUAAACACUGUGCAGCUUGUCAUGUUGAACCAAGCGAGAUAUUUUCAUGUUUUUCUAUACCAUAUGUUCCGCCAACAUGCCGUCACUCGAUCUCCUUGGUUUUACGUUUAGACCACAGUGAAAUUGAAGCAGAAAUCAAAACACAAGUAUACGAUGAAGAAUGCGGCAGAAGUGGAAUGAUUUUUGACGAUAUUUUGCAAGUUUGUCGAGCAAAUUGGUUAUCUACACUGGAACAAAACGGACAGGAACGAUUCUACGUUUAUGCUUGGCUUAAACCACUACAAUAUUCUCAAAAUAACUUGUUUACACCUACGGAAUUCAAAGAUUCCCUUGCAAAAUAUAUGAAUGUUUCUCAAUUCCAACUGUUUGGUAUUAACAUAACGACUGUUUUACUGCCACGAACAAUAAAAUUGUUUUAUUUAGUGUCUUCGACUAUCGUUCUAACUCCACAGCAAAGUUUGGAACUCCUUUUGAUGAACGCCACAUCUUCUGAAACAAAACUUCUGAACUAUAUUUACUUUUCAGAGGCAUUCACUCUGCAGAUAAAAGGCCUUCCCUUCACAGUAACUAAAACAACGUCCCGCCCACUUGCGUGUGUUGGAAAAACAACUUAUACACCACUCCAAUACACUUUACAUGACCGAGAACGAGUGUUUAUACCAAGUACUAACAAAACUUACGAAAAAUUUGAAUAUUACCGCGAAAACUUUGAAAAACUUGAUGUAAAACGAGGCAAUAUAACCGUAUGUGAGAACUACAUCCCAACAAAAUGUAAUGGGUCCACAGUUCAGUACACACCAAAAGAGUACAGCAUCAUGGUCAACUUGAGCGUUUAUGUGAACCAAACGUCAAGUUUGUACAAUUACGGCGAGUAUGAAAUCCUGUCUAACAAAUCCAUUGCAACCUGCCGAUACUUCAAAGUGCGUAUCAUCACCGAAACUCGUCAAAUGAUCCGUGACAAUGAAGUACUUGGUUCUUUAACGUUCAUUUCAUUCCUACUUUCUAUAUUAUUCCUGACAUUUCUACUGGUGACCUACAUCCUUUUCCCCCAGCUUCGAACACUACCUGGGAAGAACCUCAUGAAUUUUGCUGCGAGUUUGUUACUUUUCCAGAUAUUCUGGCUACCCUCAAGUUCCACCGAAGUUCGGUCAGACAAACCAACAUGCAUGGCAAUGGCUAUUAUGGAACAUUAUUUCCUAAUGACAACUUUUGUCAGUAUGAGUGUAAUCGCAUUUCAUACGUGUAAAGUCUUUGCAAAAAGUCUACCUGCCCCGAAAAUGUCUCAGGGUCACGAAAGAAAGCUGUUUUGUAUAUAUGUAGCUUUGGUGUGGCUACUACCAGGGAUUUUUGUUGGGAUUUGUGUUGUACUGGAUGACCAAGAUGCUCUAAAAAUCGGUUAUGGAGAAUCAGAAAUUUGUUGGUUAACCGAGGAUAAUGCUUAUACAUACUUCGUUACCAUCCCAAUUGCAGUGCUAUUGUUGUUCAAUAUCAUCUCCUUCGUUAUUGCUGCCGUAUAUAUUCGAAAACACAGUCAAAACACAGCAGCAAAGCAAGCCAGUGGCAACAGGCGGUCAAAUCUCUCAAUAUACGCAAAGCUAUCCACUCUGAUGGGAUUUACAUGGUUAUUUGGUCUCCUUGCUCUGGUCGUGACAUCUACAACCGUAUUUUGGUAUUUCUUUGUGAUUCUUAUCUCGUUACAAGGCGUGUUUGUUGCAGUGGCGUUUGUUGUGAAUGCUAAAAUAUUCGAUUUCUAUAAACAACG